AUGAACCCGCUGCUUCAUAUCAUCUGGCAGGUUGCGUUUCCAAUGGCCCUCUCUCUCGGACGUUCCGACGGCAACUUUCAGCACCACGAUGCGUAUGCCGCUUCACGAACCGAUUCAUCUCGAAGCACUAUGCGCGGCAUUGGUAGUGACACAGGGAAGGCAUUAUUGGCGCUAGGCAUUCUCGUUCUGCGAGGCGUGGAAGUACUGGAAGUGAAUCUAUCCUUGCGCAGAUUCAAUAAUGAAGUGCGGGAGUUCAUACAUGGAUUCAAAUCUGUCUCGAGCUCAACGUUGGAAGCACUUCUCGACAUUGUUCGAAUGAAUUUCUAUUCCCCCCUCGCCAAACGUCGUGUCUGGUCCAUUCUUAUUGCAGCAAUACAGACAGAAGCGGUAGCAGACAAAGUUUGGAUAAUCAUACGGAAUCAAUGGGAGCCCGACGAUGUUCAACGUUUCUUGCAAUACUUAGGAAUCAUCAAGUUGUCGGUCAUGAAGGAGAACCUAAGUCCGAAGUCGCUCAUAUCCAUUCGGGGCUUGAGGGAGGCAUCUAAUCAUCGCGACUGCCGAUCACUCGUGUGGAAUGCCUGCCAACUCUUCUGUGCCAUCGUUCAACGAGAUGAUCCCUCCAUGAUGCUUAGAACAUUCGCUCCUGACAUCGUGCGCAUGCUGCUGUCGUUCGAUGACCAUCCACCCGAGCGGUCUCGUGAUCUCCAACGAUUACACCGAUCAUCACGGACACCGCGCAAGGACCCAUACCCUGUCCGACAUCCCGGAUUUCAGCUAAUAUUGUACAGGGCGUAGAGAAAGAAGAUGCUCACGAAGCAUUGCUCAGCGCUCGAGGGCUGGUAGGAUGGUCAUUGUUGCGGACUACAGAGAAAAGUACAUGUAAUUGUAGGUCUAUCAUGAAGUUACGCUAAUUGAAUAUGUAGUACGAGUUCAUCCAUCCUUGAACGAUGAGAGUCCAGUUCAAAUAUGCCAAAGAAUAUGAAUUAUUUGUCAAACGCUUGCAGCCCACAUUCGACAGAGACGGCAAGUUCUAGUCUUACCCUUCGGAAGAAUGAAGAACUAAGAUCGGUCGCGCCUUGGCAUGAGACGAUUUUUGUGCCGAUUGACCUAUAAAACUUCCUUGUUCGAUCGCAGGGAAUAACGAGCCAGUAUCUCCGACGGGCCUGAUAUUCGGUUGGCGACACUGCACAGGAUCCAAUUUCC